AAUUGUGAUAUUAAGUUCCAAGUAGAGAAGAAGCAACACGCUACUCAAUAACAUCUUCAUUCAUUUUCCCACUUUCCAUAUCAACUUUCUUCUUUCGAUUCUAAUGAUAAUUUCACAGUCUCCCUGAAACCUUGACUGCGAGGGACAGUCCCCAUGGACCCCUACCAGAAAGAAAAAAGUAAUCUUUGUAACAAAUCACAAGUCACAAGGCCUUUGCCGUUGAUGGGUAGGAGGAGAGUCCAACUGUUUGAUGAGAAAAGUGAUGGGUUUUUUUCUGUCAGCUGCUUGGGGUUUCAAUCCGAAGAUAGGUGCUACCAAUUCGGAGGCUUGUUUGCCAGUGUUAGUCAGAUGGGAGUGGGGGUUGGUGUGCAACCGAGUGAUCCUUCUGAUUCGCGCGACAAUGGUGACACGAAACUUCCCUUCAAUGAACUGUUCAUCAAGUACCAGGGAAAAGAUGAGGUUGUUGAAGAAAGGGUUGAUGGCAAGAAGAGAAAGGGUGGUGUUUCACUUAGGCUUAAGAUAAAAAACCCUUCACUGAGAAGGUUGUUUAGUGGGGCAAUAGCUGGGGCUGUGUCUCGGACUGCUGUGGCACCUUUGGAGACUAUAAGAACUCUUAUGAUGGUGGGGAAUAGUGACCAUUCGACCACUGAGAUGUUCCAUAAUAUCGUGAAAACUGAUGGCUGGAAGGGCUUGUUUAGGGGUAAUUUUGUUAAUGUCAUUCGGGUUGCGCCUAGCAAGGCCAUUGAGCUAUUUACUUUCGAUACAGUGAACAAGAACCUAUCCCCAAAGCCUGGGGAAGAGUCCAAAUUCCCAAUUCCUGCAUCAUUGAUUGCAGGUGCCUGUGCUGGAGUGACUUCAACUAUAUGUACCUAUCCUCUUGAAUUAGUCAAGACUCGACUAACUGUCCAGAGAGAUGUUUAUGAUGGUCUGCUUCAUGCAUUCUUGAAAAUAAUCCGAGAAGAGGGUCCUGCAGAACUUUACAGUGGUCUUGCAGCUAGUAUUAUAGGAGUUGUGCCCUAUGCUGCAGCCAAUUACUAUGCCUAUGACACUCUGAAGAAAGCAUACAAGAAAGUUUUUAAACAAGAGAAAGUGGGGAAUAUUGAGACCCUUUUGAUCGGUUCUGUAGCUGGUGCUAUUUCAAGUAGUUCAACUUUUCCAAUGGAGGUAGCUCGCAAGCAAAUGCAGCUUGGUACCCUCAGUGGAAGACAGGUUUACAAGAAUAUGUUUCAUGCCCUUGCAUGCAUACUAGAACAAGAAGGGAUCCAAGGUUUAUACAGAGGGUUGGUACCAAGUUGCAUGAAGUUGAUACCGGCCGCAGGAAUCUCUUUCAUGUGCUACGAAGCAUGCAAGAGGAUCUUCUUAGAGGACGAUGAGGAGGAUUAGGAUGUUUCAAAUAAAGUGCUUUGUUUCCAUUGAGAUCAAGAAGCGGAACUGCUUUGCUCUGUUCAUGCUUACUCCAAUAACUUAUUUUGGAUUUCUCUUUCAGUACCGAAUUUUUUCCACCCUCACAGAUUACGUUUAUAAGGAAUUGCGAACGGAGUAUUGGUUUUGUCCUUUUUGUAUUUUUCCAUUUCAUUGUCAUCUUCAUGGUCAAAUCAAAAUAAACUCUUUGAUGUAUUCUUGUCAAUUUUACAAGUAACUGAUUAUUGACCUUU